AACUUUUACGUAUGACUUUAUAAAUAGUCCUCUACACGACUCUCAUCUUAAUCGCACCGAGGCUUGUGUGUGAUCUGCAUCUGUACUCGAUCUAUCUCCUCCACGCCGGCCGUAGUGCUUUCUGUCGGUCACGGGACGCGGCUAGCUCCCCGGCCAUGGCUGUCCGCGACGAGCCGCUGCAUAUCCUCUUCUUCCCGUUCCUGGCGUCCGGCCACCUCAUCCCUAUCGCCGACAUGGCCGCGCUCUUCGCCGGCCGCGGCGUCAGGUGCACCAUCCUCACCACGCCCGUCAACGCCGCUAUCAUCCGCUCUGCCGUCGACCGGGCCAACGACGCCUUCGCCGGCACUGGCUCCCCGGCCAUCGACAUCGCCGUCGUGCCCUUCCCAGACGUCGGGCUCCCGCCGGGCGUCGAGAACGGCACGGCCCUCGCGUCCCAGGACGACCGCGACAAGUUCUACCAAGCGGUCAGGCUUCUCCGGGAGCCCUUCGACCGGUUCCUGGCCGACCACCGCACCGACGCCGUCGUGUCCGACAGCUUCUUCGACUGGUCCGUCGACGCCGCCGCGGAGCGCGGCGUCCCGCGCAUCGCGUUCCUCGGCAGCAGCAUGUUCGCGCGCGCCUGCAGCGACAGCAUGCUGCGGCACAACCCGCUGGAGAACGCCCCCGACGACCCCGACGCCCUCGUUUUGCUGCCGGAGCUGCCGCACCGCGUCGAGCUGAGGCGGAGCCAGAUGCUGGACCCGGCGAAGAGGCCGUGGCACUGGGAAAUCUUCAAAAGCAUGAACGCCGCCGACCAGAGGAGCUUCGGCGAGGUGUUCAACAGCUUCCACGACCUCGAGCGGGACUAUGUCGAGCACUUCCAAAAGACGCUCGGCCGGCGCGUGUGGCUCGUCGGGCCGGUGGCCCUCGCCAGCAAGGACAUGGCUGUGAGAGGCACCGAUGUGCCCUCGCCGGACGCGAGCAGCUGUCUCCGGUGGCUGGACGCCAAGCC